UUGUGAGCCUCAUGCAGUCACAGUCAGUCGGGCGCGCAGCUUGGUGCGCGACGUUCGUGCGCGGAGGGGCUCUGCUCGCCUCCCUUGUGAUUUUGAUUCGCAUGUGAUACGAGUGCGAGCGAGACGACACACUUGAGAGAGAGGAAGUUGCCCUAGAACAGGAUAGCGAUAUGACGAUGUCGCAACCUCGCCCACCUGACCGUGUUGACGCCGCGCUCGAAAAAGUUGCGCCGUUGCGCUAUUUGGAGGCGCACGGAUGUACUUACACGGAGCAUAUCGUGACGCGUUAUUAUCUCAAAUCAUUUCCUUCUGAUAGAUAUUUCAGUUAUAAUAUAGUUCACAGUUAUAAUAGUGAAAAAUACAUCAUUACCCCGCAUCAUAUACAACGGUGAUUAGGUGAUGGGCCUGUGAUCAACAAUGAUGAAACGCACAGGACCCAGAAUCGGGCCUGAUGAGCCCACUCCUCUUUCACAGAGUCCUGCUCAGAUACAGCAGGCAGGUGCAAGCAACAUGCAUACCUUGGCUCAGUCAGCACAACCGCAGAUCUUAGAUAUGUACGCAGGCGCGACAGCCAUGCUUUCGGUGGGCGCGGGCUUCGGCCGCGGCCCCACUCGCCCCGGAGCUCCGCCCGUCAUCAACUAUCUGAAGACGAACGCCGUGCAGUAUGCGCCGCCGAAGCAGCAAGUACCACCCAGGCUCAAGUUGGUGCAGCCCCCCAUAUGUGGGCGGCAGUCUCCAAGCGCUCUGGCCGCUCCCGCUUCCUUCCAGCGGCUCAAGGUGGAAGAUGCCUUGUCAUACCUCGACCAGGUCAAGUACAGGUUCAACGCGCAGCCCCAGGUCUACAACGACUUUCUGGACAUCAUGAAGGAGUUCAAGAGCCAAACGAUUGAUACGCCCGGAGUCAUCACUCGAGUUUCAAACCUGUUCAAGGGCCAUCCGGAGUUGAUAGUUGGGUUCAACACUUUCCUACCACCAGGGUAUAAGAUCGAAGUACAGAGCAAUGGACAGGUGUCUGUCUCGAUGCCGUCGCCCACUGGCCUGGGCGUGGGCAGCGUGGCCAAUGUGGGCAACGUGGGCACCGUGGGCAAUGUUCAGCACGCCACGCACGGUAGCGGGGUCCUACUGGGCGUACACCACGCUACAGUCCAAACACAGUUGGUGCAUUUAUUGCCCGUGCCACAAUCGGUCAGUCAAGUGGUUCACAACCUGGCGGUGAACCCCACGCCAGCUAACACCCUGCACCACAUAUCGCAGGCACACCAGCAGAUUGAAGCGGCUGCCAUACAUCACACAAGUGGUGGACCACCCAACACGGGCGCUUCGCACGGCUCUACGACGGCGGGUCAACCGGUCGAAUUCAACCACGCCAUCGAGUACGUCAACAAGAUCAAGUCCCGGUUCUCCCGCCAGCCGGACAAGUACAAGCGGUUCCUGGAGAUACUGCACGCGUACCAGCGCGGCCACCGGGACCUCAAGGAGCCGCACGCCAAGCAACAGACCGAGCAGGAGGUGUACGCACAGGUGGCGAAACUGUUCGAGAAUCAGGAGGACUUGUUGGCCGAGUUCGGUCAGUUUCUACCGGACGCCAAGGCGGUGACGAAGCCGCCACACGUACGCACGCCUCCACCGGCCCGUGUAGAACCGGAACCGGAUCGGUACCCCACUGCGUCGGUGUCGCCGCCUGCAGCUCAGCACACGAUACACCACGCACAAAUUCCAAAACACACAAGCACUAGCAAUGUGAGCGCGCCGCCGGUUCCACACCACCACCUGAAGAGAUCACCUAGCUUCUCCUCCACCACACCACUGUCCGCGGGCGCGCCACCCAGUAAGAAGGCGCGGUGUGCGGGCGCGGCGCCAGUGUCGGCGGCCAUGUCGGCGGCCAUGUCAGCGGGCGCGAGUGUGGUGCGGGACGUGUCGCACGCCGAGGCGGCCAAGCUGGCAACCGCGCACGAGUACAACUUCUUCGACCGCGCGAGAAAAGCGCUCCGCUCGCAGCACGUCUACGAGAACUUCCUCAGAUGCCUGCUGCUGUUCACAAACGAGAUAAUAUCGUCGUCGGAGCUGAUGUGUGUGGUGUCCCCGUUCCUGUGCCGGCACCCUGAGCUCACCAAGUGGCUGCAGGAUUUCCUGGGGCCUGUGUCGCCACCGAGCACACCCACAACGCACCAUCCCGGUAUCAGCAACAACACGUCGACACCGGUGCUGGGGUAUGAGCGCUCGCGGCUGGUCAGCGACUCGAAGCCGCUCGCCACUGCCAGUUCAGUGCUCAGACAUGACAGACCACACACAGACACCAAUAUGGAUAUCGAUCUGUCGACGUGCAAGCGGCUUGGCACCUCGUACUGCGCUUUGCCACGCGAGGCAGCUAACAAACGGUGCUCGGGAAGAACUCCAUUGUGUAAAGAGGUGCUGAAUGAUACCUGGGUGUCGAUACCGACGUGGAGCGAAGACUCGACGUUUGUGACAUCACGCAAGACUCAAUAUGAGGAGUACAUAUACAGAUGCGAGGACGAGAGGUUCGAGUUGGACGUGGUGAUUGAAACGAACGCGUCCACAAUCCUGGUGCUGGAGGGCGUGCAGAAGAAGCUGUCGCGCAUGAGCAGCGAGGAGGCGGCGCGGUACCGGCUGGAUGACUGUCUGGGUGGACACUCGCCGACCAUCCACCAGCGCGCGCUGCGGCGGAUAUACGGUGAUAAGGUGGCGGUGGAUAUAAUAGCCGGCUUGAAGAAGAACCCUGUGGUGGCUGUGCCUGUCGUACUCAGAAGGCUGAAAGCUAAAGAGGAAGAAUGGCGAGAGGCACAAAAGGGCUUCAACAAGCAGUGGCGUGAGCAGAACGAGAAGUAUUACCUGAAGUCGCUGGACCACCAGGGCAUCAAUUUCAAGCAGAGCGACUUGAAGGCGAUGAGAUCUAAGUCGCUGUUCAACGACGUGGAGAGCGCGUACGCCGCGCGGCGCCCGGGCCCGCACUACGUGGCCGAUUAUAACGUGCACACCCGCCAGGAAGCUAUCAAGAUAGUGCGCGACGCCGCCGAGCUGCUGAUCCACCACGCGCGCCGGCAGACCGCCAUACAGAAGGCGGAGAAGCGGCGCAUCAAGCAGCUCCUGCGGCACUUCCUGCCCGACCUGCUGGCGCACCCGCGGCAGCCGCUCUCCGACGACGAGCGCGACGAAGCUCUGAUUGCAGCAGAAGAUAAAGAUGAAGCUCGGAGCCCUGGCAGUCCUACAGAACAGACUGAUGAGAAGGCGUCGGUCAAACAAGAGAAACAUGAGUCAUCGGAAUCUGACAACGCGUCGGAUAAGAGCAGCCGUCACAACAAAGUAGACAAGGAGAACAAACCCAAGAACAAUAACAACACUGAGAGCAAAGAGAGCUCAAACGCCAGUAUCAAACGCAGCAGCAGCAAUGACGACAGUGUCAAGAGUGAAGUGAAGACUGAGAUGGACAUUGAGGACGACUACAGAGAUCAUCCACCUAAUGAGGCGCGGUUCGUGUGCACGUCGUCGUGGUACCUGUUCCUGCGCCUGCACGGCGUGCUGUGUGCGCGGCUGGCGGGCGCGCGGCGCGCGGCGCUGGCGCAGGCCCGCAGCGAGGCCGGCGCCGAGCGGCCGCCGUCCGUGGCGCGCGCGCUGAGGCUGCGGCCGCACAAUCUGCCGUCGGAGGCGUCGUCGCCCGCGGAGUACUACACCGCGCUGCUGGAGCUGGUGAAGGGCGUGCUGGACGGCAACAUGGAGGCGGCGGCCUACGAGGACGCGGCGCGCGAGAUGUUCGGCAUCAAGGCGUACCCCGCCUACACGCUCGACAAGAUCGUGUCCACCGCCGUCAGACAGCUGCAGCACUGCGUGUCCGAGCGCUGGUCGGUGCGCGCGGCCGAGCUGUGCGCCCGCGGCGGCAUGCGCGGCCCGCUGUCGUACGUGCGGCGCGCGGCCGCCUUCCUGCAGCGCUCGCACACCACCUUCCUGGUCCGAGUGUAUGGCGGUAACGAGUGCAAAGUGACGUUUGAGUUGUUAGAGCCGGCGAGUGAAGGACGGACGUCGCCUCAGCUUAAUGACAACUCCAGAUUGUCACCUACCAAUCAGUGCGGCCGCGAGAACGGCACGAUGGUGCACGCGGCGGCGGCGUGGUCGCUGUACACGGAGCGGUACGCGCGCCCCGACGCCGGCGGCCGCGCCCGGCGACCCGUGUACCUGCGCCGCAACGCGCGCCGCAACGGCGGCGGAGCUGACGCCGUGGCCGCGCCGCACGCGCGUGACCCGCCGCCCGCCGCGCGCCGCCGCAAGCCGCCGCGCGUCACCGACCUGGCCGAGUGCACGCUCGCACACACCAUCAGGUUGGUGGCGUGCCGACCGCACCAACUGUAUCGCGCGGGGUGUCUCCGCGCCGCGCGAGAGUCUCAACCGCGCGUGUCAUCCACGCGGCGGGAACGCUUCCAAGCCUGGCUGGCCACUCGCGUCUCAACGUAGUUUCGUAUCGCCCGACAUUGUGGAACUGUUACAAAGGCUUUAUAAGACAGUAUUAGUGAAGUAUCACUAUAACACAGUUCUAUAAACCUUUAAGAACAGCCAACAAAGUUUAAUUGGUAUAAUUAAUCACCGAAGUGAGGAAUAGUACUUUAAAAUAACAAAUUGUUUAGAUUUGAAAGAGCGACAUCUCAAGUAAAUUUCCAAAUAUGCUGUUAUUGGGGUUGACAGGUUAUCAACUGUAAAGUAGAUCCUGUAGAUGAAGCCACAAGACAUAACCAAGAUUUACAAUCCAUGCGUCACUCGAAUGGUUGGCUUGUUAAAAAGAGCGCUCGGACGGAAUCCCGGGGGCGCGGGUUCGAGUCGCGCAUCAUUCAUAAAUUUUUGUUACAAAAUUUUAUUUGGAAAAUUAAUUGCAGAAGUGAGGGAUUUAACUUUAAAUAACAAAUUGUUUAAAUCAACAGUGUAAUGGAAUUUAUCCUGUAGGUCCCCUCUACACUUAUCUCUAUAAAUCUCAACAGAAGCACAUACAAACUACACGAUUAUGCCAUAUGAUAGUUCCGCUUGUAAAACUAGCAACUAGUUGAACUUCUUUUUUAUUUGUUGACUAUACAUUUUCACGUUAUGAAUUGGUAACUACAUCAAAAAAUAUAUCUGUGUUGUUUUAUAUAAUUUUUUGAUUGCCACUAAAUGUACUGAUACAUUGUAUUUUAUCUGUGAUUUCAAUAAAAUCCUGUUUUAUAUUUGAUUUGCAAUUGUAAUACAUAAGGUAGUUUCUUACGGCCGCUAAUAACAUUCCUAAUUUGGAAUUGAUUUUUGUAUUUAUUAAGUUAAUCUCAAUAACGCAGGAACUCUGUCCGUGUAGUAAGUCUACAGUGUUUUUUUAACACAAAUGUUUAAAUAUAAAUUUUAUAUUUCGUUCUACUUGUCAGUAAACUUGUGUAUACAUAGAAAAAUUAUGUUAAAGACAGUGAUGUGUUAUAAUCAGUCUUGUGCGCUUUAAAUGUCUAUACUAUACUGUAUAUUGUAUAAUUCAACUCUUACUGUUCUUGCAAUCAAACAAAUCAGUUUUCAGUUAGGUUCAUUCUAUUGUUGUAGUAAAUGUACAAAUAUAUAUUUUCUUGGAGACAUUUUUGAAAUUCAUCUAAAUAUGAAUAGUAAUGGAAUCCUAGAACUGUACAUUUAUAACAACUCAUCGGCCUUAUAAUGCAACCAAUGAGCAGUCAAUAACCCUAUCCUGUUCACCUCAAUUGGUUUAUUGAAUUGUUUGCUUGGCAAAUAAUACAUUACAGGAGUCAGUGUUAAAAGGUCGAUGUAUCAGCUAUAUGUAAGUUCCCGUAAUUUUAAUGGAAAUCAACCAGCCAAUAGAAGCGCAGUCGAAUAUAUGUUUCUCCAAGCCUUUUGAUAAUCUGAAUCGAAUAACAGUACUCUAAUGUAAUAUUUAUUCCACAUUCUUGUAAAAUGCCUCUUACCUUAAAUUCAACCGAAAAUGCCAGAAGUGUGUAGUAACACGGCGCGUCACUACGUCCGCCUGCGUGCCAGUUCCACAAGUGUCGGCUAGUGUAGUAUCAUCGGUUGUGUAAAUAUGUGAGUGUGGACAUCGUCUCGAAUACGCCGCGAGACCGGAACGUCAAUCUCAUUGAGCCGCGUUUUAGCGACUUGACUUAGCUUAAGGUGAGAUUUAGAACUACCCACUUGUAAAUAGAGUUCUAAAUUUUAUAUUGUACAGAUCUCUAAGUACAUGUAUAUAUGAGGAUGAGUUGUUGAUGAACCAAUCUUGUUAAUUUGUAAUGAAGAAUAAAUAUUAUUAUAUUUAUA